GUGAACAAACAUACACCAGAGUAUGUCAUGGCAAACCAGAAAAAAUGUAACAAAAGUAGCACCGUGGUCGUACGUCCAAGCAAGAGCUACAGGCCACAGCUAGUUACCUCGAUGAAGCAACGUAAUGAAUCAGCUAUUGCAAACUGGACAGGUAAUAAAACGCGCGGCGAACCCGUCUGUCGUGUGAGAGUCCAUUUCCACCCCGAGCGUCCACGUCGUGGCGGGUAUCCAACCCGUUGCCAGUAGCCCCUGCAUACUAUAUACUCACCUGCUUGAUUCCCCGCUUCUAGUUCUCAUCGGAGCUGCAAUCCAUCGACCCUCACCACAACGGCUUCACGCGCGCAACCCCCCGCGCUACGCUGCACACUCCGGUGCUAUACGGUCUCCACAGAUGGACGCCGAUGCCGCCUCCCCGUCGGACCAGCACAGGACGGUGUGGACGGAGCCGCCGAAGAGGCCGGCGGGGCGGAUCAAGUACAAGGAGACGCGCCACCCGCUGUACCGCGGCGUGCGGCGUCGGGGGCGGUACGGGCGGUGGGUGUGCGAGGUGCGCGUGCGCGGCACCAAGGAGACAAGGCUCUGGCUCGGCACCUUCCGCACCGCCGAGAUGGCGGCGCGAGCGCACGACUCCGCCUCGCUCGCUCUCUCCGGAAGCGCCGCAUGCCUCAACUUCGCCGACUCCGCCUGGCGGAUGCUGCCCGUCCUCGCCGCUGGGUCUUCCAGCUUCAGCAGCGCGCGGGAGAUCAAGGACGCCGUCGCCGUCGCUGUCGUAGCGUUCCAGAGGCAGCGCUCCGUCGCGUCCACGGCCGACGGCGAGAAGGACGUCCAAGGCUCGCCGACGCCGAGCGAGCUGUCCACGUCCAGCGAUUUGCUGGACGAGCACUGGUUUGGCGGCACGGAUGCCGGAUCGUACUACUCGCCGGGCAUGUUCAUGGAGCCGCCGGAGCGGCCUGGAAACCGCGAGCUCGGUGCCGGCGAGGUCGAGACGCUGCUAUGGUAAAGUUUAUAGUUGGCUCUGCACUUCUGUCCCACCAAAUAUGGGAAGAAACAGAGGGCAAUAUUUUCCCUCAUAUGGUCAUGUGUGUUCGUUCAUAUUGAAAGCCUCCGGUUUCUACUUUGAGGAAGGGCAUAUUUGC